AUGAACUUCAUGAACAAAAAGAGCGACGUCAAGCCCGAGGACGUGGCCAACAUCCCGCCCGAGCUGUCCGACCUGCACUGCUUCACCGAGACCGGCGGGGUCAUCACGACGACACGAGCGAGCUUCGCCGGGGACUUACACACCGCCCAACUGCUAGCAAUGUUCGACAUCCCCGGCUACCGCGUGGUGCGCACGUUGGGCGCCGUGUACGGCCUCUCGGUGCGGUCGCGCAACAUCGCGGCCAGCCUCGGCAUGGUGAUCAAGUCGCUGGCGGGCGGCGAGCUGCGGUGGUUCACGACGAUGCUGUACAACUGCCGCAACGACGCGCUGGGCCGGGUCGUCAGCGAGUGCAAGCAGCGCGGCGGCAACGCCAUCAUCUGCCUGCGGUUCGACGCGGCGGACCUGGGCGGGUUCGCGCAGACGUGCGCGUACGGGACGGCGUGCGUCGUGGAGAAGAUCAGCGAGGACGCUGCGGUCGCGCCGCAGCUUGCUUCCUAG